GCGCAGAGAAGAUGAACAUGUCCGCCGUGCAGCUGCUGCGGGUGUCGGUUCAAGAGCGGAUCAGCGCGGCCGCUGAAAACGUCAUGCUGCUGUUGGAUAAAGGAGGAGGAAAGGCUCAAGUCCCGGCGCUAAAAGGGAUGCUCGCCGAGCGGCUCACGGCGGCGAGCGAGAAGAUCCUCGCGGGGCUUGAGGAAACCGUGGCAUAGUACGAAGACCCAGUAGAGCAGUCCGAGCGGAAGAUCAGCCGCCAGAGGAGGCUCCUCGAUGCCGUGAUGAAGCCCGAAGUCUUGCUGCACGAAGCAGUGUGUCCUGCAGAAGCCCAGCAACUGAUGGUGAAUAAAGAAGAGGUUCCCCCUGGGCAGCAGCAGUGGAGCCCCCUUGUGGACCAGGAGGACCCAGAGCCCCCCCAUAUUAAAGAGGAACAGGAGGAACCGUGGACCAAUCAGGAUGGACAGCAGCUUCAAGGACUGGAGGAGUCUGAUAUCAAGUUCACAUUGACUCCUGUCACUGUGAAGAGUGAAGAAGAUGAAGAGAAACUUAAAUCGUCAAAGCUUCAUCCGAGUGAGACAAAGGAGAACCGAGCGGACUGUGGAGGACCAGAACCAGCCAGGAACUCAGGUCCUGAUGGACAUUUAAAACAAGGUACUGAGUACAAGACUGAAGACAUUGGGGAUGAUUGGAGGGAGACCAGGGAACCUCAGACUGGUUUAAAUACAAUAGAUAACAAUCCAAGUGAUAUGGGAUGUAAGACAGAAAAAAAUUUGUUUAGUUGCUCUGAGUGUGGUAAAAGAUUAACCGAAAAGGGCAGUCUAAAAAUACAUAAGAGGAGUCAUACAGGAGAGAAACCGUUUAGUUGCUCUGAGUGUGGUAAAAGAUUUAAACGGAAGUGCUAUCUAAAUAGACAUUUGCGUGUUCAUACAGAAGAGAAACCAUUUUGUUGCUCUGAGUGUGGUAAAAGAUUUAGCCAAAGGUGCAAUCUAAAUAUGCAUAUGAGGAGUCAUACAGGAGAGAACCCGUUUUGUUGCUCUGAGUGUGGUAAAAGAUUUAGCAUGAGUGGCAAUCUAAAUAUACAUAUGAGGAUUCAUACUGGAGAGAAACCAUUUAGUUGCUCUGAGUGUGGUAAAAGAUUUACCCAAAAAGGCAGUCUAAAUAUACAUAUGAGGAGUCAUACAGGAGAGAAACCGUGUAGUUGCUCUGAGUGUGGUAAAAGAUUUAGACAUAGGUCCAAUCUAAAUACACAUAUGUGUCGAAUCUACGAAGUGACAACAAAAAUCCACAUACCUGGACGGACAAUACCUGGAUCUCUUCCACACUGUCAAAGUGCCUACCCCACCUUAAGUAGUGCAUGUCUGCCCACUGCUCUCUGUGUCCUACUGUCUUCACCAGAUGGGUCCAUAGCCGAAAACAAAUUUCCCCCUUGCAUGUCGUGUGUGUGGGACUAAUAAAUACCUUUACCGUUUAGUUGAUUUGAGUGUGGUAAAUAUUUAGGAUUCAGUCCUAUUGUACGAGACGUGAGGAUUCAUAAAGUUGAAAAGUGAUUCAGUUGAAACCUAAGAUUUAUUAGGAUUUAUCAGCAUAUAUUGAUAUUAUACAUAUUCAUAGUUCACUGUUUUAAAAAGACUAUAAACAGUUUUUAUGUCCCUAGCUCAUUGAAUAACACAAAAUAUUUGUGUUUAUACAUCUUGUUUCUACUGAUUGUUUGAAAACAAUGGUUUCUUGGUUCGUAAGAUACAAUGACAUUGUGUGUUCUUCUUUAUGUAUCGAAUGUGUU